CACCGACUCGAUAUAAAACCACAGCGGGUAAACAGCCCCGGGCAGGAUUGCAGCCGCACUUCUGCUUUCCCGGAGCUUGAACGGCGCCGCGGAGCUGUGCGAGGGGAGGAGAGGACGCCGAGACACUGGGGCAGGCAGGAGCAGAGGCAGGAGCAGCCAUGGGGGACGUCUUCAUCAGGCACAUCGAGCUGCUGGGCUACGAGAAGAGGUUUUUCCCCAGCCAGCACUACGUCUACAUGUUCCUGGUGAAGUGGAACGACCUCUCUGAAAAGCUCGUCUACCGCCGGUUUACCGAGAUCUACGAGUUCCAUAAAGCACUGAAGGAGAUGUUCCCUAUUGAAUCUGGGGACAUCAACAUGGAGAACCGGAUCAUCCCGCACCUGCCAGCUCCCAAGUGGUUUGACGGGCAGCGCUCGACGCAGAACCGGCAGGGCACGCUCUCCGAGUACUGCUACACCCUGGUCAACCUGCCCCACAAGAUCUCCCGGUGCUCACACGUGGUCAGCUUCUUCAAGGUCCGUCCCGAUGACAUGAACCCCGUCACAGACAGCCAGAUCAGGAAGCCUGAGGUCUUCCUCCUGCCAAAGGAUGCCAAGAAGAACUCCACGGACAUCACGGGCCCCAUGGUCCUGCAGACGUACCGAGCCAUCGCCGACUACGAGAAGAGCUCCACGUCUGAGAUGUCUCUGAAGGCUGGGGACAUGGUGGACGUCGUGGAGAAGGGCGAGAGUGGUUGGUGGUUUUGCCAGUUGAAGAAUAAACGAGGCUGGGUGCCAGCUGCCUAUCUGGAGCCACUGGAUGGUCCUGAUGAGUCUGAAGAGCAGGAGCCCAACUAUGCAGGUGAGCCCUACGUUGUCCAGAAAAGCUACACAGCAGUGGAGGAGGAUGAGCUGACCCUCAAGGAGGGAGAUACCAUCGAAGUCAUCCACAAGCUGCUCGAUGGCUGGUGGGUGAUCAGGAAGGAUGAAACCACAGGUUAUUACCCCUCCAUGUACCUGCAGAAAGCUGGGGAGGUGAACACCUCUGUGAAGAGCGAGCUGAGGAACCGGAGCGCUCCACCACGGAGAUCCACCAUCCGAAACUCAAAGAGCAUCCACAAGCAGGGCCGGAGGCAGAUCAGCCAGGAGACCUACAGGAGGAACAGCAGGAAGUACAUCCAGAGCCGGAGGAACCUGAGGGGAAACAUCCAGAACAAGGCCAAUGCCAUCAUUGAGAAAAACGAGGAGGAGGAGAGCAAGCCCAAGGCUCAGCCUGCUGUUCCUCCCCGCCCCAGCAAAGACCUCAUCCUGAACCGCUGCACCGAGAGCACCCGGAGGAAGAUCUUGUGAGCCCUCACCCCCUGCACCAGCCACCCCUGUGCUUUAUCUCCACCAGCUCCUGCGUGGCCAGGGCUCAGGGCCAGAUGGGGAGAUCUCGGGGCGAACUCUGGCAGUUGCUGCAGGCCCUGGGGGCUGCUGGCCAGAUGGGUGCAGCCCAGCACACUUGGUGAGCCCAAGGUGUCCCCAUGGCACCCUGAGGAGGGACACAGCCCUGCUCCUCUGGCCUCCACGGCCACUGGGGACCCCUUGGCACUAGGUCCCCCU